AUCUCUCAUUUAUAAUUAGUUAAAUUUAUACUCAAGAGUCAAGAUUCAUCACCUCCUCUCCUUCUUCGUCGCUCCAAAUCUAUGGUUUCCUAAUUUAGUCCAAUUAAAAGAAAGAAACAUAAUAAUUCUCAAAACGAAAACAGAGAAAAAUCCGUUGUUGGAUUCCUUUUGCUCUCUCCAAGCAUUAACACCUCGAAACUCAUCAUUCUCUCGAUCCAAACAAGGCAAUGACAAUGAGCAACGGAUCCAACGGUUCAACCGAGAACAAACCAUUCAGGAUCUUCGUCGGUUACGAUCCGCGCGAAGACCUCGCGUACCAAGUCUGCCGCCACUCCAUCACCAAGCGAUCUUCAAUCCCCGUAUCAAUCACUCCCAUCGUCCAAUCAGAUCUCAGAAAGGCCGGCCUCUACUGGCGCGAAAGAAACCCCCUCGAGAGCACCGAGUUCUCCUUCACCCGCUUCCUCACCCCUCACCUCUCCAACUACCAAGGCUGGGCCAUGUUCGUCGACUGCGACUUCCUCUACCUCGCCGACAUCAAACAGCUCGUCGAUCUCAUCGACGACAGAUACGCGAUCAUGUGCGUUCAGCACGAUUACACUCCCAAAGAGACGACCAAGAUGGACGGCGCGGUGCAGACCGUGUACCCGAGGAAGAACUGGUCCUCGAUGGUGCUUUACAACUGCGGACACCCGAAGAACAAGGCCCUGGAUCCGGAGACUGUGAAUACUCAGACGGGUGCUUUUCUCCAUAGGUUUCAGUGGCUGGAGGAUGAGGAGAUUGGGUCUGUUCCUUUUGUGUGGAAUUUUCUUGAAGGGCAUAACUGUGUUGUUGAGGGCGAUCCCAGUACGAAGCCUAAGGCUGUGCAUUAUACUAGGGGUGGGCCUUGGUUUGAUGCUUGGAAGGAUUGCGAGUUUGCUGAUCUCUGGCUCGGUGAGAUGGAUGAGUACGUCAAAGAGAAGAACAAGAAAGAGGCUGGAAUCGCGAAUUAGUUUUCGAGCCGCAGUGAUCACUGAUCACUCUGCAUUUUUUAUUUUCUUAUUAAAUCACUCGCAACACUAAUGCCAAUAUUGAGGCCAUAUGGAACAAUAACAUACGUUUGUUUGUUUAAUGAUAUUUUAUUUGUAAUUGAAUGAAGCACCUUAUUUUUAUAA